AUGGAUCCCGAUAGGUUGAAUUCUCCAAGCACCUGUACUGUAACUCUUGAGGUUUUGGGGCACGAACUAAACUUUGCUCAGGAUCCAAAUUCGAAGCAUUUAGGAACAACCGUGUGGGAUGCGUCCAUGGUGUUUGCUAAAUAUCUGGAGAAAAACUGCAGGAAGGGAAGAUUUAGUCCGUCUAAACUGAAAGGGAAACGUGCUAUUGAGCUAGGAGCCGGUUGCGGCGUUGCAGGAUUUGCUAUGGCGAUGCUGGGCUGUGAUGUGGUUUCAACUGACCAGAAGGAGGUUUUGCCACUGCUAAAGAGGAAUGUUGAAUGGAAUAAGUCCACAAUCUUGCAGAUGAAUCCUGGUUCAGCAUCAUUUGGAUCGCUCCGAGUUGCAGAACUUGACUGGGGAAACGAAGAUCAUAUAAGGGCCGUUGAGCCGCCGUUUGACUAUGUCAUCGGUACUGAUGUUGUAUACUCUGAGCAGCUUCUAGAACCUCUGUUGCGUACGAUUCUUGCGCUUUCAGGGCCAAAGACAACAGUGAUGUUGGGAUAUGAGAUACGUUCGACGAUUGUUCAUGACAAAAUGCUUCAGAUGUGGAAAGACAACUUCGAAGUCAAAACCAUACCAAGAUCCAAGAUGGAUGGUGAAUACCAAGAUCCAAGCAUUCAUCUGUACAUCAUGGCACAAAAAUCUCCUGCUGAGAGCUCUGAAAAUCCGAGCCAAGAUGAAGUUGUUGCUGACGCAGACGAAACAAAAUGCGAGACGGAGGUCCCAACCAGAGAAUGCUAUGAUUUACCAAACCGGUUGGAAGAGGAAGCCGUUGCUGCAACUCGUCCUCGUCUUAAGGAAGAUAGUUUGCUGAUGAGACUACAGGACGGAAAGCUGAGUGAAUGGGAGAUGAGAAGGUAUGGUACAAUAGCUGCACAGCUUCUCCGUGACGUUAAGAUUGAUGUUCAGGUCAAAAAAUGA